AUGGAGCUGAUCAAAGUCAUCACUGUGGUUUGUAUUGGUCUCUCAGUUAUGCUCACACCCUGUGCUUCCCAGAAAAUUCAGAUACAAUCAUACCAUGAACAAGCUCAGGACCUCCAGCUUAUCCAUACACUACCAAGGAAGCUCAAGCUCAAUGAAGAAGUGAUCACAAGUUCUGGAAACAAAGAUUUGGUGCCAUCCAAUAAGCAGAAGGAAGUUUCAUCAGAUAAGCUCCAUCUCACAGAAGAAAACAAGCUGCAUUCAAGAAAAGGGACAUGGCGAGAGUGGGUGGAGGAAGGGACCGAGACCUCACAGUUCUUCACCAUGGAUUAUACUCAUGUGAGAAGACGACGACCCAUACACAACAAGGCUCUGCCGGUUGAUAAGCUCCAUCUCACAGAAGAAAACAAGCUGCAUUCAAGAAAAGGGACAUGGCGAGAGUGGGUGGAGGAAGGGACCGAGACCUCACAGUUCUUCACCAUGGAUUAUACUCAUGUGAGAAGACGACGACCCAUACACAACAAGGCUCUGCCGGUUGGUCCGUGA